ACAGUUUGGUUCUCAAUGAGGUUAGGAAGGAAGGUUUCUGAAGAAAUAGAAGAUUAUCGCCUCAGACAGCAGACCCUGGAUGGAUCAGAUGAUGGAGGAGAUAUUCCUGUUAUUCCGGAUCUGGAAGAAGUACAAGAAGAAGACUUUGUUUUGCAAGUGGCAGCCCCUCCCAGUGUCCAGGUGAACCGGGUGAUGACCUACCGUGACCUGGACAACGACCUCAUGAAGUACUCGGCCUUCCAGACCCUGGAUGGCGAGAUCGACCUGAAGCUCCUCACUAAAGUCCUUGCACCAGAGCAUGAAGUUCGAGAGGAUGACACCAGCUGGGACUGGGACCAUCUGUACACUGAGGUGUCCUCGGAGCUCCUUGCCGAGUGGGACCUGCUACAGACAGAGAAGGAGGAUGCUGCAGGGCAGCCCAGGCACUCCUGAACCCAUAACCUCCACUCUGCAACAAGCCUCAAACUACAGCAAGCAGCUUAGGAUUUUUACAUGGAAUAUUUUGUAAUAAAAAUAUUUAUUUUCAGUAAACCACAUUGGAUCAUUUGGUGGAAAUAAAUUGCUUUAUUCUGUGGC